AUGUCAUACACAAAGGACCAGGAGACGGUUGUGUUAAAGGUGCUCUCGUACAAGGGCACCCAGUUUUACGAAAUCUUGGAGGUCAAGAGAAGCUCAUCGGAGCUGGAGAUUAAAAAGUCCUACAGGAGACUAGCCAUCAAGUGCCACCCCGACAAGAACCCGCACCCGAGGUCGUCGGAGGCGUUCAAAGUCGUCAAUAAGGCCUGGGAGGUGUUGGGCGACCCCGAUAAGAAGUCUAUUUUCGACCAGACGGGCACCGACCCCACGUCGAGGUUUUCCGGCGUUGGUGGCGGCAGUGGCGCCGCCGGCGCUUCUCCGUUUGCCAGAAGCGGGUUUGGCACUACCUCGGGCGCCCGUCCCUUUGACGAUGAUCUUUUCAACAUGUUCUUUGGCGGCGGUGGCGGUGGGCCCUUUGCCUCGGGACAAACCUUUACAUUUGGAGGCAACGGCUUUACGUUUCAAUCGUUUGGGGGCGGCCAGGAUCCAUUCAUGAGACACAGGCGGACCACAAGAAGAACAGCCAGGUCUGCACAACAACAGCAGCAGCAGCAGCAGCAACAAGGAAACGAAGAACCACGACAGCCUCAGUCUGCACUUGAAGCACUCAAGGGGCUCCUUCCGAUUUUAUUGGUGUUCAUAGUCCCCAUUCUCUCGGCAUUGUUUUCAGACGACUCCACGCCCGACUACUCCUUCAUCCCUUCGCGAGAGUAUAAUACCCAAAGAACCACUCCCCAGCAUAACAUCCCGUUCUACGUGAAUGAGAAUUUCGCCAAGAAGAAUGCAAAGAAAACAGCUAAGCAGUUGAGGAACUACGAUUCCAAAGUCGAGAAUCUAUACAUACACGAUAAGAGAGCCAAGUGCUCGAGGGAGCAAGUGAGAAAAGACCAAUUGAUUGAAGAAGCCCAGGGCUGGUUUUCGACUGACAUGGAGAAGCUCCGGGCAGCAGAAAUGAUGCCCAUGCCCAACUGCGAUGCUCUCAGAAGAUUGAACCUAAUAUAA